AUGGACACCAUCGAAAAAGAAAACAUGGAUGAACCACCGAAUAUCAUCCUCUUCUCUGAUGACAUCGCACUGACAGCGACGAGCAGAGAAGAAAUCCAGGGCAAACUGCAGGAAUGGCAGGGAAAGCUAGCGGAGAAUGGACACCAGCUGAACAUCAAGAAGACCAAGAUCUCCAGUUUCGAGCAGUAUACAGAGUCAAUCAAACAUUGUCUUGUGGAAGCAUCGAGAGAGCGCUGA